AACCGAUCGCGACUCACAACACACCCUCCAUGUCGAAAGUAGACCUAGUCAAUGCUGCAUUUCUGGACAAGCUCCAGUCCAUGUACCCUUCCGAUCCUUCGGAUAAAGUCUGGAAAAACCCCUGGUACAUCGUCGCCUGUGUAGCCUUCAACGCGAGCAACGAACCAGAAGCUAUUCCUCUCGUCUUUCAACAUGCUUUGAAAUCCACGACUAGCCACGAAGAACGAUUGACACUAGCUCGAAAAGUUCGUGACGCGUUGUACAACUCAGCCGUAAACAGUGGGUUUGCUAAAGGUAUCAAUUCCCUUGUGGCGUUGAGUAAAGUGAUGCCUGAGGAAUUGAAGGAUAAGAAAAUGUUUAGAGAUCGGACUGCCCCUUUGUCUGAUUUCGAAGAGACGGGGAGGAAUUUUUUCCGACAGCUGUACGGAGAAACUGCGGAUUCGGUGCAAACUUUGCUUGAUGAUAUCUAUCCUGAUCUAGGCUGGUUCUGUAACACCAUCGGAUACGGUGUCGUCUAUGGGUGUCACGAGAUCCUAACACCACUCGAAGUAUCCUACACACUCGUAGGCACACUUAUCGCCAACGAUACACCGAGGCAGAUUAAUUGGCAUUUGAAGGGAGCACGGAGGCUUGGGGCGACGGUUGAAGAGGUGAAGGCUGUGAGAGAGAUGGCGAUGGAAGUGGCUUCGUUGUGUGGUGUGAAAUGGAAGGAAGGUGUUCCUGAGUUGCAAGAGGAUGGUGUAUGAUGUCAACGUGUGUUUCUUGGGUCAAAUCAUUGCAAUGGAAGAACCUAUGUCCCUUG